ACCGUGAUGUCGGUCAAAAGUAUACCAACAAGAACAUAUUUAAGACCCGUAGAUUAAUGAUCGUCCAAAUAACACGAGCAGAGCGUUAUUAAUAUUGCAACAUGUAAAUCCGCCCCCUGAAAUGUCAACCAAAAUGUCAUGCUGCUAAAAUUAUUUAUUUAUUUUACAUUGUUAGCAGGGACCAGAAUGGGUUGUGUGUUCUUACUGUAAACGAACUUCGGGGUGACGAAGCCCUAAUUCCCGCGGCAAUGGCUGAUUGGUCUCUCACUGUUCUCUCAUUGGUGUCUGUGGUCAGUGACCAAGGGCCAAUAAAACAAGACACACACAGCCUGAAAAUGAUACAUUUCACUCAAAGUUUAGACUGAGUCACAAAUUCCCACACUGGUGAGAAGGGGUCAAACAUAGUUUAGGCGGAGUAAGGAGCACUGUAUUGAUUUUACUAGCUAGUUAUGUCCUUAUCUAAAGAACAAGGGAUGGCAGCACCUCGACAGCCGAAAUGCACCCGGUGCCGACACCAUGGGAUCAUCGUCCCGCAGAAAGGCCACAUUAAGUACUGUCCUUUUCUUAAAUGCGACUGCUGGAAGUGCUAUCUCAUCACACAGCGGACUCGGAUCACGGCCCUCCAGCGAAACCUGAAGAGAACCCAAAAUAAAGAGCAGCGAGCUUGCGGCCACCCAGCGGCUGAGGGCACCUGUUGCGCCUCGGCCCCGGACGGAGGUGCUAGUCCGUCGGCCACAUCUGGACUGACGUGUCCCCCAUCGGGAGGGGCCCAGGAGUCUGCUGCCAACACCAACUGGAGCCCUCUCGACCUCCGGAUCAAACCAGCCGAAGAAGGGGAGAAUGUAGCCGCUUUGGACAGCAGAGAGGUGCUGCCCUUCGCUUCCAGCGAGGAAGGACCAAGUACACCUUUUAAUGCUCCUUACUUUGGUGAAUAUCGCCAGACAUCACCUCUGCCUUUUAUUCACUACCAAGUCAGGAUGUCAGGUCCACACCCCAGCAGCUGCGCACCAUGUGGAAACGUCCUGUUCAGAAUGCCAUGGUUGCCACCUGUGCCUGCUGGGCUUUACAACAAUAGCCUCUGUGGACCCCUGAUGUUCCCCCACUUCCAGUCGGGUGCUGUGCAAUACCCACCUCCACCAAACCCUGCUGCUGAUUGUGGAACAGUAUUUUUCACUGUCCCACAGCCCUUCCAGGACGAGCUGAUGUCAAGGCAGCCCCCUCUGUCCGAGCAAACUCAGCAAGACAUACAACAACUGGAUUCAAGCACAUAAUAUGUGGAAUAGAACCUGAGCUAUUCUUUAGUUCCUGUGGCAUCAUUGUUCUGUGCCUUAUUAAUAUAGUCAUGUAGGGUUUCUUUAUAAAGGAAGUCAGAACUCAAUUGUCUGCAUUUUAACUUUUUUUACAUCAUAAAUCAGUUUAAAAUCUGUGCUAACUAUUUAUUAAUCAGUUAUAAAUUUGCACUUUGCUGUUGCAGCAGUGCAACAUACUUGUCAUAUAUUGUUUGCGUUAUGUUUGCAAAUAAAAAUAAAAGUUGUGGGUUUACUUUU